CUUCCUGGAGCCGGGUGGCUUGCUAACGUUAGCAAUAGCAGUGGCACAAAGAAGUGUCUGAAGCUUUGUAGUGCUGUGUGACUCGAGGUGUGUAGCUAGUUGGCUAGCUAGCUACGUUACCAUUGACUGUUGCUAGCUGAUUCCAAUAUCACGUAUAUCAUAUUAACUAACGUCAUUAGUGAGCUAGCCACUAAGAUAACAUUAGUAGCCAGUACCAAACUCCUUCGUGCAAUUCGUUCGUCCUGUCGAAUUUAGCGUAUAUUUGCUGGUCUGCUGACGUGACGCAUAUCUUUAGAACAUCUUACCGAGGCAACGACUAGUUUCCUCUGAAUUAUAUCCGUAAAAUAUUUUGUAAAGUCGUCUUAUCUUGGUCUUGAUUAGUCGUCAGUUUAUUAAGCAUGGUGAGGAGCGUGUAUCCCAUGUUGCAGUAGUGGAAGUGUGACAUGCUGGCCUGUCUGCCAGCAUCAGGUUAUCCUGUCAACCGACUUCUCUCCCACACGCAGAUGAACACUGGACUUCAAAAAUGGGAAACUACACAGAAGAUGAGAUCUGUCAAGUAUCCUACCCCAGCGGAAUUGGAUGCCUAUGCUAAGAAAGUUGCUAACAAUCCACUGACCAUCAAGAUCUUCCCAAACAGCGUCAAAGUACCUCAGAGGAAGCACAUUCGCCGCACAGUUAACGGGCUUGACACCUCCACCAGUAGCCAGCGCCACAGCCCUUACCAGUCUCAGGUCGGCGCCAAAGCGGGCCUCCUGGCCGUUCUCCGAGUGCCCGCCAAAAGCAUUGUCAAAGAAGUGGACGGUAGCCGUGCCCGUCUGCUCUCCAAAUCCACCAUGAACCCUCACAGUGGGCAGUAUGUCACUCAGAGCACUUUAAACCUCCCACAGCCUGUCCCCCAUUUGCAGGGUCUGUCUCAACCUCAGGUCAUGGCUGCUCAGAAACCAGGACUCCCUCACCCGCAGGCUUUCCAGCAGCAACAGAGGAUGGCUCGCCCCAUGACUUUACAGCAGCCGCAAACUAUGUCCCACCAUCCAACUCUACAGCAGAGGAACAUGGCUCACCCACAAGUUUUACAGCGGCAACAGAGCUUGUCCCAGCUGCAAACCUUACAGCAACAGCAAAGCCUGGCCCAUCCACAAACCUUACAGCAACAGCAAAUCCUGGCCCAUCCACAAACCUUACAGCAACAGCAAAGCCUGGCCCAUCCACAAAGCAUACAACGGCAACAGAGCUUGCCCCACACCCAGACUCUACAGAAACAGCAAAGUCAGCCUCGGCCACAGACCCUGCAGCAGCAGCAUAUCACUCAUCCACAGACCUUGCAACAGAAUCAGACACUUCCUGAUCAGCUAGCUCUGCUGCAGCAACAAGGAGUGGCCCCGGGCAUGAGGCAUAUGUCUGACGCAGCCCAGCAGCCUAGCCUGCCAAACUCCCAGGUCCUUCCGCCGUCACAGUCCCUCCCUCAGGCUGCCGGCGCAGGACCUGCCCCUAAUGCCCCGCCUCAGCAGCAGCCCCUGCCUGGCCCCUACGGACCCAGGAAGCUGCCGGAUGCUGACGCCCCACCAAACGUUACCGUAUCUACCUCCACCAUACCACUGUCCAUGGCAGCCAGUCUGCACCAGAACAGGCCUAGUGAUUUGAGCAGCAUUGUGCUCCAGAUUAAUCAGUUUUGUCAGGCACGGGCCAGUGUGGGCGGCACUUCGGUGUGCGAGGGCCAGAUUGCAAACCCAAGCCCUAUCAGCCGUAACCUGCUCAUCAGCGCCAGCUCCAGGGUGUCCACGCACAAUCCCGCACUGGGCCCCUUACCUUCCUGCCUGUUGGGUGGUCUCCCAGACACCGCCCCUGCCACUGUUGUCCCACCACAGCCUAACAUGGCCGCUAUGAACAGGAUGCCUGCUUUCCACUCAGACAUUGAACAUAAACAACUACAGCAGCAGUUACAACAGCAACUGCAGCAACAGCAGUUACAACAACAACAACAGCAGCGGUUACAACAACAGCAGCAGCAGUUACAACAGCAGCACCAUCAUCAGUUGCAGCAGCAUCAGCAGUUGCAGCAACAGCAGCAGCAGCUACAACAAAAACAGCAGUUACAGCUUCAGCAGCAGCAACAACAGCGCUCCUGGAAUCAACACCAACUGGCUCACAUGCAACGCGCUCCAGAGGGGGCUCACCCUUGCAAGAACCCUAGGAUGGAGGCUCCCACAGGGCCUGGUUUCCCAACCAAGAACCUCAGCUACCCGCACAAGCUGUGUGCGUCUCAGUCGUUCCCUCUAAGACACAGUACAGACAAACCAACAUCCUCGCCCCCUGUCAAGCUCCCUGACAUGCCCUUCACCAACGGGCACUACAUGCAGCCACCCUGGAGUGGGGUCCUGCCGGGCCCGAACAACAAUGGUUCAGGUCCUCAAGACCUCCCCCAUGCUUUCCAGGGAGCACAAGGAGCACCUGCCUUGGACUGCACACCUGGGCCACAAUUCAGGGGUGCCCCCCCUGCCCAGAUCAAGCUGAUGCAAAAUGUGGAGUACCUUGGUGGGGAGUUCCAGGCCCCCUGCUUCCGUGAGCAGAACCUGGGUGUGACGGGCAAGAUGCAUAGGCCUCCGAUGGGUAGGGCUGCUGAGCCUAGCAAUGGUAGAAACGUCCAUGCUCAUCACACAGGCUAUAGAUAAAGCUUGAAGUCAACUCUUCUACUGUUUUAGCUGCCUUCCUCCCAAAGCUCCAUUUAGGUGUACCUAUGUUUGCUCUCCAUCUUGCAACAAAUCAAUUGAUUAUUCUGCCCACCUCUUGAUUGACAGCUGCCAGGUUUUGUUUGAUAAAAUAGUCCUCAGGUCUUAAGGUAUGUGAACCGUGGUAUUAGAUUAUGGGUUUAGAUUGUUACUCCAAUUAUGAGAUUCCCACUAUUACAAGGAGGGUGGACAUCCUUUGUAUAUCCUGGGAGUUAUGGCAAAUUCCCGAAUCCAGAUUAAACCUUGUAAUCCCUUACAAUGGUCAGUAGAAAUAUUCCAUGGGUGACAUAGAUCUACCUUUUACAAUAUGUGUGGCCUUCAACUACAACUUCCCACUGACAGGAUCUUGGUAUGUUUUCCUUUCCCUAUGUUUACAUUCAUAAUAAUCUAUAAGAUUUUCAUAGUAGACAUAAACAUGUUGGAGAGUAUAUAAUUUUAUGCACCUAUUGGAGCUACCUUGUCAAUGGGGCAUUUUUGAACGUCAAUCACGCUAAUUUUCCAGAUGCUCUCUUUAUUUAAAGAGCAACUGAUAAACAAUUCCCUCAACCUCAUAAUUUAGAUUAAUGUGCUAGAGCCAUAGUGUCUUGUGUGUUGAUAAACCUUAAGUCAAAAUCGCUUUGGAAAUGGUAAGCCUAUGUAUGUUUUUGCAAGACUGUUUUAAUUCUUCAGUUCAACAUUUUUACUUGAAUUUCUGGUAUAGUGAACGUGUCGACUGGAUGGAAAUGUUAUGAUCAACAUUAGCUAAAGGAAAACACUACUUACUAAAUUGUUGGCAUUCAAUGUCUAAGAAUCAUGUGAAAUAGAUGAGAUGCGUAGCCUUUCUCACCACUGGAUGUGUGUGUGUGUGUGUGUGUGUGCGUGAGACGACCAGGUGUAUUACUUGCAAGCAUGCAAGUACAACAGUUCAUGCAGGAGCAGAAAGGUUUUCCAUUUGAGAAAAGCCUACAAAUCCCAGAGUAGGUCACCUGCCUGUGUGUUGUAUUAAGGCAUUUCUCCAGAAGCACUAUUCCUGUCUGUCUACCUUCUACCUAUAAAAAAAGGAAGCGUAGUCAGUCCCUUCAUGCAGGUAACUACGCCAUGCUUGGUGGAUUUCCUCUGUUCCCAAGUCUACCUUGCCUGGAACCUCAUUGUUGUUCAGCCCGUUUGCUUUCUCGUCCUUUAGCUCUUGAAAAUAGCCUUACAUUUUACUUGCCCUCUCUAUACCGGAUAUGUUAAUUUACUCUCUACGCUGAACUUGAAAUCAAGUGUGGUGCAGAGCUUGAUAUGGAAAGUAGUCAUAAUAUUAGUGAUUGUUAAUGCAAAUUUCUUUAUUUUAAGUCACUGUUGAUUUGCAACAUAAAACUAGUGUUUUUAAAGGGUUAAAUAUGAAUAGUAUUUAGCAGAGUUUUAUAGAUGUGUAGCACUGAGCUGUAAUACUGGUCCCCAGACUACCUUACUUCAGUUGUUUUACUUGACAUAUAGCCAGAUUUUAGUUCCUUAAUUUAUUUUCUGGACCACUGCAUCCUGAAGCCAUAUGUUUUAUUUCCUCAUAGGUGCCAUACAUAAAGCAUAUCAGACACAAGGACAAUGCAAUCUGAGGUCUCAAAACUGGCUGCACUCAGCAAGAAAUGCAAAUUGAAUGGCUUGCAACUCUAACCUUAUGGGUUGGGCUGUCUUCCUUGAUGGCCAUAGAUGUUGUGACUUUCUUGUUGUCUUUGAUGUGCCUGGCCCUUGAAGCUGCUAUUGAAUUCCAUUCUAAACACACACUAGUGUGAUUUGUGUGUGUGUGUUUAGUAAUGAUGUGUGAGUUGUACUAGUGGAAUAAAAGUUCCUAUUGAUGGGUUGAGUCUCUUACCUUUUUGAAAUGUGAGAAUAUUUAUGGUGGAAGAGGCUGACUGUUGUUGCAGUGAACCAAGCAAUUUACAUGAUAUACCUGUUUUGUUUCUACUGCCAUGUUACAGCCCAAGACAGUCAGGUUCUAUCAUUUGUUUCAUAUGAAGUGCCUCCAAAGGGCUCAAAACUGGGCACAGAAUUGGUGUGUUUGUGCCAGGAUGUGUGAGGCCAAGGUACUUGCAUACAGGUGUGUAAACCUACAUAGUAGUGGACUAUCCACUGUUAAGACCAAGCUACUUACUCUAACUACUGAAACUGUGUCAUGGAAUGAAGUGUGCCACUAUUUCCAGACACUUUAGAGAGUCUGAAACUGUUGCUGCUGAAAUUACUGACCGAAGGGACCAGGCCACCACUCCCACAACCCUGGUCCAAAGCCCAGACUCACAUAUUGUAUGGGUGGAAAAAUGGGACUGGUACCGUUCUUUGGACAGUUUAUAGGUAAAGCAAAACAUUAUAGGGUUGUCAUUUAUCUCCUCAGUGGUCUAGAUGUGACCUGAAUGACAGUGGGGGAGCUCACUUUCUGUACUUAAAGAUGUUAUUCCAGUUGCCUAUCCUUAAGGAAACGUCUUGCACAAAAACAUUCUCCCCCUUACCAAAAUAAAGUUUGCAGUUUCAAAAGG